AUGAGGCGUGCUGCAGCUUUUGUGGCGUUGCUGCUCUGUCUGUACUGGACGACGGCUCAGGGUGAGAGUGGAGGGCUGACAGAGAAUGAUGUCACUCAGACUGAGGUUCAGUCUGAGAUCCUGGGUGUCAAAACAACCAGUGAUCAGACUAACACCCCUGAUAUCUGGGCUGAGCUGAAGGAGCUGAGAGACAUGGUGAUCCAACACAGUGUGGAGCUGAGGAAGCUGGAGCAAGAGAAUACAGCCAUACAGGCCAGACUGACAGACAGUGAAAGAAAGAAUGCAGUUUUGGAGGCCAGAAUGAACGCCAGUGACAACAAAGUGGAGGAGCUCGAGAGAGAGAACACAGUGUUGGAGGCCAGAAUGAACACCAGUGAAAAUUUGGUGGAGGAGCUCCAGAGAGAGAACAUAGUUUUGGAGGCCAGAAUGAACGCCAGUGACAACAAAGUGGAGGAGCUCGAGAGAGAGAACACAGUGUUGGAGGCCAGAAUGAACACCAGUGAAAAUUUGGUGGAGGAGCUCCAGAGAGAGAACACCAUGUUGGAGGUCAGAGUGAGCUCCAAUGAAAAUGAGGUGGAGGAGCUCCAGAGAGAGAAUGCAGAACGACCAAAGGUGGCGUUUUCUGUCGGACUUACUGGACCAGUUGGACCCUUCAAUACUGACAUCACACUUAAGUUCAGUAAGAUUUUCACCAACAUCGGCCAGGCUUAUAACCCAUCUACAGGUGCCUUUACAGCCCCAGUCAGAGGAACCUACUACUUCAGAUUCAACGCGUGGGAAUCACGUGAUACAAAGUUAGUAGGAAUUAAACUGUAUCACAAUGACAAGCAAAUUACUCUCUCUUAUGAUAUAGUUGUUAACAAUGGUUAUGCCACCGUGUCUAAUGCAUUUGUUCUUCAACUGGAAAAGGGAGAUGUGAUCUAUCUGGUUCUCUGGUCAGGCUGCAGUGUUUAUGAUAAUGCCGAUAAUCAUACCACUUUUAGUGGAUUCCUACUUUUUGCUAUGUGA